AUGCCGGAACCUUCGUUUAUUAUUGUCGACGAUGUCGCGACCACGAUUGCGAUCCGCGAUUCAAGUCGCCUCUUGCUCGAUCACCUACAUAAGGCGCUUGCGCGUAAUCAGGCAGCCACACCUGAUCCACGCUCUCUCAUACAGCCGCAGCAGGCGAGCCGACUACUAUCCCUGCCGACGGAGCUCCGAUUGAUGAUCUGCAAAUACAUGACUCUCUCACCUGCCUCUGCCGAUAGCCUUGCGUGGAAGGGUGCGUACUUUGCUUGCCGACAGUUACAGAAUGACAUGCGCGCCGAGCUCAAGCCAGAGCAAGAUCUUGCUAAAUACAUCGCGAGCAAUCAUGCAUCAUGGCAGCCGGAUAUCACGGUCGGCCUCAGACAUCCGCAGCUCAACCUUAUCCGCGAUAUUGCCGUCCACACACCUAUACCCGGGCAUGGGUAUGAUAUUGAAAGGUUCUGGAGCAAGACAAUGUCGUCUCUCUACGCGCUCUAUCUCAACCACCUCCAGGUUAUCCUCACAGGCUGCCACUUCUACCGACUUCCCUACUACGAUCUCAAGUCGUGGCGCUCGCACCUCUUUAUCGAUUACGUCGGCAAAGGCAAAGUUCAUUGCAAGAAAGUUACAUUUACGAUUGAUGAGUUAGCGAAUGAGAUGAAUGGAAGGAAGAUGUGUACGCGGAUUGCGAACGUCAUUCCGGGAACCAAGAUCCUUUAUCUAAUGGAGAUUGUGCAGGACGGGGUGGGCCGGCAGACAGAGCGGGUAUAUUCGAGUGAAGUAAGGUUCAGGCCCCUUCCUCUUCGCAACUAA